AUGUACGCCGAGACCCCCAAGGCCCAUCCGGGCUACCGCCCCGAGAACGCCGCCUCGCCGGAGCUAACGGAGGUCUGGCCGAGAUACUUCCUCGGGGAAACCGAGCUCUCGGGGCGCGACCGCAGGGCCAUACUCGUCGGCGCCCUGGUUAAUGCCCUGGAGGAGAGGAGCAAGCUCCUCCCACGGGUUGAAGCUGAUGGUGAUAUCUCCUUCCUUCCGAUUGAUUUCCAGCAGCUUAAGAACUUGUGCGACGACACCGAUCUCUUAAAUGCUCUCAAGGAAAAUCCUAAAGAAGCCUUGCUUUGCAUGGGAGCAGCAGUUCAUCUGUAUAAGUGGUCAGGCAGGCUGAACGAUAUAGAAAAGGUCAAUAUCAGGCUUUAUAACCACACCGAGACAAUAAUUGCUUUGAAGAAUUUGAAAGCGGCCUAUAUUAAGAAACUGGUGACAGUGCGUGGUACUGUUGUAAAAGUCAGUACUGUGAAGCCUCUAGUUAUGCAGCUGGAUUUCAAAUGCAUGAAGAUACAGGAGCUUGCUAGUGCUGAAAACCGUGAAGAAGGCCGAGUGCCACGGACUAUAGAAUGUGAGCUUGCAGAAGAUCUUGUAGAUUGUUGCAUCCCCGGUGAGGUUGUAACAGUAACUGGAAAUGUCAAAGUGCUGAACAACUAUAUGGAUGUUGGAGGAGGGAAGGCCAAAAGCAAAAAUCAGGGUUUAUACUACUUGUACUUGGAAGCAAUCUCAGUAAGGAACUCGAAGGGUCAUGCUGUUUCAGAAAAUUCAGCUGCAAGCUCUACUGAUAUUCCGCCUAGUGGAUCUUUCAGUUUUGAAAGCUUUACUGAUAAAGAUCUUGAAUUCAUUUACGAAUAUAAUAAUGAGCAUGGUCCUGAUUUAUUUCGUCAAAUACUUCAUUCCUUUUGCCCCUCCAUCUAUGGACAUGAACUUGUAAAAGCUGGUAUCACUCUCGCUCUUUUUGGUGCUGUGCAGAAGCAUUCAAUGGAUCAGAACAAAGUCCCAAUCAGAGGAGACAUACAUGUUAUCAUAGUUGGUGAUCCAGGAUUAGGCAAGAGCCAAUUACUAAAAGCUGCAGCAUCUGUUUCCCCGCGGGGAAUAUAUGUAUGCGGGAAUACAACAACGAAUGCUGGUCUAACUGUUGCAGUGGUUAAAGAUUCAAUGACAAGUGAUUAUGCAUUUGAGGCUGGGGCCAUGGUACUUGCUGACCGUGGACUAUGCUGCAUUGAUGAGUUUGACAAAAUGUCAGCAGAGUAUCAGUCCUUACUGGAAGCCAUGGAGCAGCAAUGUGUAUCUGUAGCAAAGGCUGGCCUUGUCGCAAGUUUAUCUGCCCGCACCUCUGUGCUGGCAGCUGCUAAUCCUGUUGGUGGUCAUUACGACCGAGGGAAAACAGUGAAUGAGAAUUUAAAGAUGAAUGCCGCCCUUCUCUCUCGGUUUGACUUGGUUUUCAUUUUGCUUGACAAGCCAGACGAGUUUCUAGAUAAGAGAUUAUCAGACCAUAUAAUGGCGCUCCAUACCAAUGAUAGAGAUCGUUGCACAUCCAACAAGAGGUUAAGAACAGUGUCUCAAUGUAGUGACACUAUGGGUGCCGAAAUUGGUGAGAAAUCAUUAGCUUCAAAGCUGAGACUACAUCCGGAGAAAGAUAGGGAUUUUGUUCCGUUACCUGGACCACUUCUUCGCAAGUAUAUAUCUUAUGCAAGAAACUACGUUACCCCUCGCAUGUCAAAGCCAGCAGGUGAUACUCUGCAAGAGUUUUACUUGUAUUUGAGAGACCGCAGUACUUCUGCUGAUGGCACACCCAUCACAGCCAGACAAUUGGAAAGCCUUGUAAGGUUAGCAGAAGCUCGUGCUCGGGUGGAUCUAAGAGAAGAAGUGACUAAACAAGAUGCCAAGGAUGUUAUCGCCAUCAUGAGAGAGUCCCUAUAUGACAAAUAUGUUGAUGAGCAUGGUUUUGUGGACUUUACUCGGAGUGGUGGGAUGAGCCAACAAAAGGAGUUAAGGAGACUCCUGAAUGCCUUAAACAAGCAAUCAGAGUUGCAGCAAAAAGAUUGCUUUUCAAGAGCUGAGAUACAGAGCUUAGCAGAUAAAAUCAACUUGCAAGUUCCAGAUUUAGAUGAUAUUGUGGAAAGGCUGAACAGUGCCGCUACGUACCUCAUCAUAUUCACGGACCCAGCCGACAAGGUCAAGAUGGCAUGA